CUUUUAUUUGUUUUGUUUAACUUUAAAUCCAGAAAACAAAAAUGAAUUAUGAUUUCAUUCAGUCUUAAUGUAGUAGUAUGGGAGGGAGGGAGAGAGAAACAGAGGGAGAUUGAGAUAUGCCUCUGGGUAGAGCCAGUAUAAGGAGAGUGAAGAGUACAGAUAUACCUCAAUUAAUUAAGAUGAUGUGUUUUUGAGCAUUUUUUCCUUAACAGAUAAUUCGGUACCAGAGGCAGAAAUAACAAGGAAAGAAUAGAGACAGACUCCUACACCACAAAAAAGAAAAGCAGUUCUCAGCAAAUCGUUUAUUCAAAAUUAACAAUAUGCACAAGUGAAAUGAAACAAUCAGAUCAGGAGCGACUUGGGAAACUGCAAGUUGCUUCCGGUGUGAGAAAAUUGGUCAUCUGCAAGAACGUUGCCCAGGGGACACCUGGAUAUUUUACUAUCACAUGAGAAACUGGAGCUGACAGAUGGGAGCUCACGCCGCUUCCUGGAUUCAAACCGCCGGCCUUUCUGUCAGCAGUUCUGCCGGCACAAGGGUUUAACCCAUAGCACCACCGGGGGCUUUCAGGUGAUCACAGUCUAAUGAGAAGAAGAACAGAAAGGAAAGCCAUGCUACAAUUUAUGUGCUCUGUUUUUGUAUUUUAAAUGCAAGUAACUGGGAAAAGGUCUUGCUGAAUCAAGAUACAGACUUAUAGCAAGAUGUUACUUUAACAAGCGAUGGCUAUCUCCCCACCCGCUUAGGCUGAUGAUAUAUCAAAUUACCACAGGGUCCUGUAUUUUGAUUUUUCACAGGUAAAGACAGAGAUAUGUGAGGUCAAGCAACAUGGUCAACAUGGCAAAAGUUAUUAAUGAGGGCAAAGACAAACUAGAAGAGGCUACUGCAGUUUGCUUUUCCCUGAGACCACUGAGAAGAGCAACAUCCCUCUCCUCUCAUUCCUCUGAGUAAAUUGAGUGUAAACUAGUUUUGCACAUUGAAUUCAGUUUACAUCAACUGAAGAAAAUUGAAGGCAAAGAGGGAAAGUGGGAGAGGAAGAGUGAAGUUAUUAUAUUUUUAAAAGUAGCUGCCAAGUUGUGAAAACAGACAAGUAGUUAAGGCUAAUCUUUGUUAGAUUGGGAGAAUUGGAGGGCAUGUGCAUGCUGCCAGUUUUCCCCUAUGUCUACUUUCCUGCUUGCUUAACCUAUUAUGUUCUCAUCCCAAUUGCUUGGCUUCCACUGUUAAUUUUUUUAAAGCUGCAACAGUGUUAGAUUCCAUAGUUUGUUUACGUUUGUUUCCUCAUGCUGUGGACCAAAGGUGGCUUACAACAGAAACUUAAAUAAAAUAGACAAAACAAUGCAUAAGACAAUUUUUAAAAAUCACCAAGCAACCCAUUUAAUUAAAAGAUUAAUUUCAAACAAUUAAAAAUACUUUCAUAACAUAGUAGAAGGUACAGGACCCUUUAGGGAGAUAAAGUGGGAUAUAAAUAAAUAUAACGGCCUUGAGGCCGUUACUGGAUGGCUGCAUGCCAGCAGGUUGAGGGUGAAUCCAGCAAAGAUGGAGAUCCUAUGGCUGGGUCGACCGGGCAGUGGGGACAUCCAGCUGCCUACCCUGGAUGGCGAGGCGCUACGCCCAUCAUCAUUGGUAAAGAGUCUGGGAGUCCUUUUGGACCCUCUGCUGACAAUGGAGGCCCAGGUCUCCGCCAUUAGCAGAACCGCCUUCUUUCAUCUGCGGCAGGCUAGACAGCUGGCCCCCUACCUGUCCAGGGACGACCUAGCUACAGUGAUCCAGUCCACGGUCAUCUCAAGACUGGACUACUGUAACGCCCUCUACAUUGGCCUUCCUCUGUCGGUGAUCCGGAAGCUCAAGUUGGUACAAAACGCAGCUGCUCGGCUUCUUGCGGGAAUUCCAAUGAGAUGCCACAUCAUCCUAAUCUUACUGCAGCUGCAUUGGUUACCAAUUGAGCACCGGAUCACUUUCAAAGUGAUGGUACUCACCUUUAAGGCCUUGCAUGGUCUGGGACCAAUGUAUCUGAGGGACCGCCUCACCCCCUACCAACCCCAGAGAUCCCUCCAUUCUGAGGACCAAGAUCUAUUGGAAGUCCCCAGUGUUAAGACCUUGCGUUUGACAGCAACCAGACGCAGAGCCUUCACAGCAGUGGCACCAUCACUCUGGAAUACUCUACCACCUGAAGUCCGUGCCUUGCGGGACCUACCAGGUUUCUGCAGCGCAUGUAAGACAUACCUGUUUCGACAGGCUUUUAAUGUUUGAUAUUGUUGUUUUUAAAUUGUUUUAAAUUGCUUUUAAUUUUUGUUAGAUUUUAGCUAUUCUUGUAAGCCGCUCCGAGCCCCAGGGGAGUGGCGGCAUAUAAGUUUAAAUGAUAAAUAAAUAAAAAUAAAUAAUAAUAGCAGUAAUAAUAAGAAGAAUAGAUGCCUUCUACUACAUCUAGUUAAAAGCUAAAAGGCUGUUUAAAUGAUGGAUACCUUUCAAUUUGUGCAGCCUGAGGAUAUGGACAGGAUUCUUGGAGAUGUGAGAGUUACCACAUGUAUUCUGGAUCCUUGCCCUUCCUGAUUGAUCAAAUAGGUCAGAGAGAGACUAGCAGAGUGGAUGAAGGUGGUGGUCGAUGUCUCCCUAGAACAAGGCAAAGUUCCAGCUAAAGGAAGUAGUUGUUAGACCUGUAUUUAAAAAGCCACCCCUGAACCCCAUUAUAAUAGACAACUAUCAGCCAGUGUCCAGCAUUCCCUUUCUGAGCAUGGUCUUUGUGAAAGUGGUGGCCUCCCAACUCCAGAUACUUCUGAAUGAAAUUGAUUAACUAGAUCAAUUUCAAUUUGGUUUCCAGCCUGGCUAUGGAACAGAGACAGCUUUGGUCACCUUGCUGGAUGACCUGCAAAGAGAGCUAGACAGGGGGAGUGUGUCCCUGUUCGUUCUUCUGAAUCUCUCAGUGGCUUUCAAUACCAUUGAUCACGGUAUCCUCUUAGGCUGUCUCGCUGGGAUGGGGCUAUGAGGCACUGUCUUGCAGUGGCCCCAGUCCUUCCUGGAGGGCCAUACCCAGAAGGUGGUGCUGAUGGACUUCUGUUUGUACCCCCGGUUGUUGACCUUGGGUUUCCUCAGCAAUUUUCGGUGCCACCUGUAAGCAGAUUACACCCAACUCUACUACUCCUUUCCACCUAAUGCCAAGGAAGCUGUCCUGACCCUAAACCAGUUCCUGCCAUCAGUAAUGGAUUGGACUAAGGCAAACAAAUUGAAGCUUAAUCCAGACAAGACAGAGGUAAUCCUGGUCAAUUGGAAGCUAGAUCGGGGAAUAGGAAUGAAUGGGGUUACAGGUUUGCAGUUUGGGGAUCCUCCUGGACUUGGCACUUAACCUGGAGGUCCAGGUGUUGAAGUUGGCUAGGAGGGCCUUUGCAUCAUUAAAACUUUUGUAUCAACUGUGUCCAUUCCUUGAGAAGCCGGAUCUGGCCACGAUGGGAACAGGAUGAGCCUUACACCCUGUCUGGAUGACUAUAAUGCAUUUUAUGUGGGACUGCUCGGAAACUUCAGCUGGUCCAAAGAGCUGCAGCAAGGUUGCUAACUGGGGCUGGCUGCAGGGAGCAGACAACCCCCUUGUUGCAGCAGCUCCACUGGCUCCUAGUGUGUUACCAAGCACAAUUCAAAGUGCUAGUUAUGACAUUUAAAGCCCUAGAUGGUUCAGAUCCAAGCUAUUUGGCUGACCAUAUUUUCUUGUGCAAACAUUUCCAGGCCCUGAGAUCUUCAGGAGAUGCCUUUCUCUCAGUCCUACCUCCAUCUUAAGCUCCGCUGGUGAGAAUGAGAGAGUGGACCUUCUCAGUGGCUGUCCCUCGAUUCGGGAACUCUCUGCCCAGGGAAGCCAGAAUGACCCCCGCUCCUGCAGUCCUUCCAGUGGCAGGCUAAAACUUUUUUAUUCAACCAGGCUUUUAACAGUGUGUUUAAAUACUAUUUGUGUUUAAUUCUGUUUCAAUGUUUGUGUAUGUGUAUAUUUUAAAUAUUCAAAUAUAUAUUUAUAUUUUAAAUUAGAUUCCAGUGAUUUUACGAGGGCUGAAUGAAAAGUAAUGCUUCCACCUUUGUUACUUGGGUUUGGAUGGGAAUAUUUUAAUAAAUCAAACACAGAAAUACUCCAUAGAAUGUGCUCUUUAACUACCACUAUUCACUUUUCGACAUAAUCACCAGACAAUUGGAUACAUUUCUGCCAAUGAUGAACCAGUUUUUUUGAAGCCGUCACAAAAGAAGUUGACACUCUGUUUCCUCAACCUAUCAUGCACAGAUCUUCCAAUAGCCAAGCAAAGCAAUAAUGUGACCCAAACAUUAUUGUGAAAUGCUGAUUAUGCUUGAAAUGUCUCUCUGAGUGAUAUGAUGAUUGUCCUGAAUCAAUCUGUCAACCUUUUGCUUGUGAAAUUUGGUGGUUGCUGUCACAGGAUGUCCAACUGUUUGUUUGUCACACAAGUCAGAUGUUCCCACCUCAACAUCUUUAAACUUACUCGCCCAAUGACACACUGUACUCACAUCAACACUAUCACCAUAAACAGCUUGCA